AUGAUUGGUCUGGAAGCUUGGUUCGCAAACUUUACUCAAAUUUCAAGCAGAUGGAUCAAUGCUCAAUCUCUAGCAGAUAUUCCAAGGCCCCACAUAGAAUACGCGAUUUUUGCCACUUUCAAGGCAGCAGAAGUGAUGAGUGUCCUCGGCGGCCUCGUUGCUCAUCCGCUUUAUCGUUGGUACUUGUCUCGAAAAUUGAAUCCGAAAUUCAUGACACCAAACUCGGAGAAAGUGAUCAAAAACGCUUGUCGGAAGCUGCAAGGUCGUUUUCUGAUCGCCGGUCUCGUCGCUGCUCCAUUUCUCAGUCGUCUGGAAACCCAUUUGUCUGGAACUACUGAGAGUGAAUUGAAAAAUAGGUGUUACCAAAUCAGAUGUAAUUCCGAAACUUUGUCAUUGGACCGCGCUGUUCUCGUCUGCGGCUUUAUCGGUUGGUAUUGGCGUCGAUUCCAGGGAGCAGUUGACGGUGUGAACGUUGGAAUCGCCUACGCAAUGGUCAAUAGUCAAUUCAUCGCACCACGCACAUCACCAGUUCUAAAGAACAGUGUGGAAGAGGCGGAGAGAUUCGAAACAGUUGAAGCAAUGGAGGAAUCGAAAAGCAAGUUGAACAAGUUCUUGGCAGAGAAAGAUAGAAGUGAAUCAACUGAAUCGAAAACUGAGCCAGUCAAAGCUUCCUCAUAA